AUGCUUCGAGUCCUUGUGUUUCUCGUCGCAGUCGCGUUUUGUGGGCUGACCCAGAUCGAACUAGUUGACUCGCACGAGGAGUCCGGUGAAUGGCACUGUGAUGCGGACCCGGGAAUCCGAAUCCAGGCCGAGUUCAAACCCGGCAUCAUCACUCUUGAUGGCCACGUGGAUGACUGGAAGGACAUUGACGGCUCUGAGUUCUCCCUCUUGCCUGCCCUGGACCCAGAUGCUGAUAAAGAAUACAAUUCUGGGAAAAUGACUCUCAAGGUGGUGCAUGACGGGAAAGAGGCAUUUUUCAUGUUGCAGGUUAAUGGGAACUAUGCAUAUACAAAAGGAGAAAAUAACAAAUGCCCAUCAAUUGCUCUUAUGUUUCAGAUUGGUGAAAAUGCAACCUAUCAUAGAAUGGGAGGAUGCAAAGAAACACCAGAUAAAUGCACGAACAAGACUUGCCAUGGCCAUGAAGUUGACAUUAUGCAUUUCUCAAUAGGAAAUGCUAUUCCUGGAAGGCUUUAUGGGGCAAAUCCAGUUGACAAAAGAGAAGGAAAUGGAGGUGACAGGUUUGGUCAUUUGGUUGAUGUGUAUGCUUGGAACCCACACUGUCGAUACCUUGAUGGUCUUGGGCCUUCAGGCAAUGACACCAGUGCUCAAAAUGAUUGGCAAGGAGCAUGGUGGCAUAGUAGCUUGAUUGAUCACUCUGGUUUCGUGGAGGAAGAUAGCCCAUAUGCUUCGAACAGUCAAAAAGGAACAUAUUAUUUUGAAUUUUCAAGGCCUUUGAGAACCAUGGAUCGAAUUCAGCAGGAUGCGCAGUUCACAAUCGGGAAAUCAAGCAAAGUAUCUGCAGCAUUCUGGUACCCAGAGGACGACAAACCAUGGCACGGUUCUGCGCACUAUUCGAUUAGCUGUGAUUGGAUAUCUAUGGAUUUUACACCGGGCAGUUCCAACCUCCCCAACGUAGAACAAAGAAGCCCAUGGGAUGCUGCCACAGCCUUUUCUCUUCUUUUUUCUGUAGUGGCUUUUUGCGUGUCUAUUUUUAUAGGGCAUCGAGUUUCUUCAGCCGGAAAAUUAAUUAAGAAAUUUGAAGUGUUUAUUGUAGAAGUUCAAUGGCAAGGAUCAAACCUCAAACUCUAUUGCAACAGAGCAAGAAGAAGAAGGGACCGAGUCGAAUCAGUGUUGCUACCACUAUACUUGUCUAAAAGGUCAAAACUUCACAUGGAGGAUGCAUUAUCAGCUGUAGAGCACGAUAAUGCCUCUGGCGAUAGCCGUGAUACAAAGAAAGUUGACAUCCCUAGAUAUGCUGUGAUACGUACCUCAAAAGGCUCAAUAACUGUGGAAAUUUACAAGGAAGGUUCUUCUCCUGAGGUUGUCGAGAAAUUUGUUGACUCAUGUUUGAAGGGGCGCUUUAAAGGAAUGGUCUUUAACCGUGUAAUAAAGAACUUUGUCAUUCAAGGGGGUGAUGAUGAUAGUACCGGAACUACUGAAGACUGGACUUCAAAGGGAAAGCAUUAUAGUCAACUUGAUACAAGCCUGAAGCAUGAAGCUUUUAUGCUUGGCACUUCUAAGACAAAACAUGAUGGGGGCAGAUUCGAUCUUUUAAUUACAACUGCACCAAUUCCAGACUUAAACGAGAAAGUUAAUGUAUUUGGACGUGUCAUCAAGGGAGAAGAUGUUGUACAGGAAAUUGAAGAGGUGGACACAGAUGAGCAUUAUCGGCCCAAAGCUCCAAUAGCUAUCAUCGAAGUUGAAACAUGCUUAGUCAUGCACAAGCACAGCACUGCCAGUAUCAGGCCAUUUUCUGUGGCCGCCAAUCCCUGCAGCAAGGAUCCGCAGCCCUCUGGUCUAGGGCCAAUAUUUCUUUGA